CUUUUCUCACCCUGCAUUUUGCAGGGUUGAGACAGUGAACCAAACGAUUCCAUCGUCGUUUUUCUCUAGGUAAUGGCAAAUAUAUCAACCACUACGACGACGAUGGUACCUUCUACACAACUCGCUUUGUCACAAACCAAUGACAAGAAUAAUCCAAGAUCCAACGAUAGUGCGAAGAAGAAGCGCAAUGUUAACAUUCUCAAGGUGGUCUUGAUGCUCGUUUGUCGAUCGCCUGCCAAGUCCAACGCUACCAAUGUGGCUCCCAAGGGCAUGUGGAAGCGACUCAUCGACUCAAUGCGCCCUUUGCACCUCCAAAGCAAUCAAUCACCAGAACAAACCUUGUCGCUGCCCUCCACUGCCCCCAAGUCGCCAUUGCAUAACUCUCCAUCGGUGGAGAAUUUUGAAGAUGUUCUAUCACCGUCGUUUUCUCCCAACAUUGUGGAAUUAUCACCUUCCUCCAUCGACAACAUGAGCAGGUAUGCCUCUGCUGUCAACCUCCAAGAGUUGGACGAAGACAACAACAAUGGUAAGGCCAAUGUGAACGAUGGUGAUGAGAUGAUUGAUGCGAAAGCGGAGGUCUUCAUAGCUCAAUUCUACGAACAGAUGAGGCUUCAACGCUCCAACUCCGUCCUUCAAUACGACCAGAUGAUUGAGAGAUCAAUUGGCUAGAACAAUUUCUACCGAGAUUAAAAUUUCUGAAAAAUAAUUUUAUAUUUGAUGAAUAAUAAGUUGGAGAAGAAUGAUAAGUGACUAAUAAGGUAGAAUGGACUGAUGGGCAAACAGAGGAAAUUGGUGGUGAAGUGAAAAUAUCUAUAUUGUUUGGUGUUAUUAAUCGAGCCUUUUUAGUUCAUUAA